CGCGCAAGUACUGUACACACCAUAGAGUAUAGUUCCGGGUCUGGUGGCUAGAGCGCCAUUUCUUCCGCAGGAAGCGGAAGGGCCGCUGGGUGGGCGGCUCUUUGUCGAAGCUAGAGGACCGGCAGGCGGCAGCAGCAGCAACUACGGCGGCGGCGGCAGAACCCAGCAGUGAUGUGGAGGUGGAGACCCACAGGAGCCCCGGACUUCACCUGAGCUACCUCAGUGGUCACCAAGGGUGGCAAGAAAAAGAAGAAAGCCCUGAUUUGGGGGGGACCAGGAUGCCUGACCGGGACAGCUAUGCCAACGGCACUGGGAGCAGCGGUGGAGGCCCUGGAAGUGGUGGCAGCGAGGAGGCCAGUGGGACAGGGCCAGGCAGUGGAGGGGCCAGCUCAGAUGCCAUCUGUAGAGACUUCCUGAGGAAUGUGUGCAAGCGAGGCAAGCGUUGCCGGUAUCGCCAUCCAGACAUGAGUGAGGUGUCCAACUUGGGGGUGAGCAAAAAUGAGUUCAUCUUCUGCCAUGACUUCCAGAACAAGGAAUGUAGUCGCCCAAACUGCCGAUUCAUUCAUGGCUCCAAGGAGGAUGAGGAUGGCUAUAAGAAGACAGGAGAGCUUCCCCCUCGGCUGAGGCAGAAAGUCGCAGCAGGCCUGGGCCUUUCUCCAGCUGACCUACCGAAUGGCAAGGAGGAGGUCCCUAUUUGCCGUGAUUUUCUCAAAGGUGACUGCCAGAGAGGAGCCAAGUGCAAGUUCCGUCAUCUACAGCGGGAUUUUGAAUUUGAUACUAGGGGUGGAGGAGGCACUGGUGGUGGGGGCUCAACAGGCCCAGUCCCCCCAGGACGACGUCAUGAUCUCUAUGAUAUCUAUGACCUUCCUGACAGGGGCUUUGAGGACCACGAGCCAGGUCCCAAGCGCCGGCGAGGUGGAUGCUGUCCCCCAGAUGGCCCGCAUUUUGAAUCUUAUGACUAUAAUCUGGCUCCACCCCGAGGGGUAGAGUGCAGGCUGCUAGAAGAGGAGAAUGCCAUGCUCAGGAAGCGGGUAGAGGAGCUAAAGAAGCAGGUCAGCAAUCUUCUGGCUACCAAUGAGGUACUCCUGGAACAAAAUGCCCAGUUCCGCAAUCAAGCCAAGGUCAUGACCCUGAGCUCCACUGCACCAGCAACUGAGCAGACUCUGGCUCCUACUGUGGGCACUGUUGCCACUUUUAACCAUGGCAUUGCCCAGACUCAUACUACUCUCAGCAGCCAGGCUCUACAGCCUCGGCCUGUGUCUCAGCAAGAACUGGUAGCCCCUGCGGGAGCUCCCGCUGCUCCCCCAACUAAUGCUGCACCUCCUGCUGCUCCACCACCCCCACCCCCACACUUGAAUCCAGAGAUCACGCCACUGUCAGCUGCUCUGGCUCAAACAAUUGCCCAGGGAAUGGCACCCCCACCUGUCUCCAUGGCUCCUGUGGCUGUAUCUGUGGCUCCUGUGGCCCCUGUGGCUGUAUCGAUGGCCCAACCCUUGGCAGGAAUCACAAUGAGCCACACCACCACUCCCAUGGUGACUUACCCCAUUGCUUCCCAGAGCAUGCGUAUCACAGCCAUGCCACACUGAUGGAGCUACUACUGGACACUCCCAUGGUAUAGCCUCCCAGGCUGGGAUCCGGGGAGUCCUUUACCCACCCACUCGCCUAGCCCUCCCGUGCCCUGUCUUAAGGGCUUAUUCAAGAACUAGGACAAGAGACUACAAGGAGUUUACUUCUGAGAAGGGGUUGGCUGGUGGGUUUUCUCUCACCUCCCUUUUAUGAGGUCCCUCUUGUCCAUCUUUAAGUCUCACAGAGCGGGCUUGCAUAGGGGUGCAGACUGAAGCCAGCAGAGGGGAAGGACUGACUGAGGGGUUGAAUGUCCCCUGAUGGGAAGAUGGGGACAUGCCUGGUCUGGUUCUCUCUUCUCAGCACAGGUUCCAGCACUGGCUUUGGAAGAAAACAGUGCCCAGAGGGAAAGCCAGGAAAGAUUGGGAAGUGGGUGGCCAGAGAGGAGGCCUAAUAGGAGCCUUCAGACAAUUGGGGACGUAGUUGAGUUGGACAAUAACUGCUCCUGGGCCUGUAGCAAGGCGGGGACCAUAGUCAUCCAGCCCAAUGACUAGGGGAGGAUUCAUUACCUUGGCUUGGCCUGGAAAUUCAUAGGGCAGGGCCCACCACUUUCCAAAGAAAUAAAAAAACAAUUAUUUUUAACAAAUGAGGGCAGUGAAAACUUGCUUAGAGUUCCUGUGUGGAAUAUGGGAGCAGUAAAUAGAUGUCAUGCCAAAAUCGGACAAAGACCCCCCCACCCUCAGAGCUGGGAUAAAGUUGGAUGGAGACCAGUGAACAAGGGUAGGGACCCAGAGGAAGACCAGAUGAGACUGGGGAAGGCACUUUGUGAGGUAAAAGCAUUGGAGCCACCUAGUCCAGUUUAAAAAUAGUCCCAUCUGUUCUGGUUUCUAUCUGCAUGACCUAUUCCCAGGUUGCCUUAGUAACCAGGGCUCCUAGGGUCAUUUAGGGGGGCAGGUACUAAGGAGGGUGGAUGUGCUGGAAAAUGGGAAUGGAAUCUGUAUUGACAGAGCCUUCCCUUAUUCAAACAGCACGGUGGGUGGCGGUUGCUGUCUUUAGUUAUGGCAGUUAAUGUCCCUCCAAUCCCUUCCGUAGUUACCAGUGCCUUACACCUUUAAGGCUUGGGAGGUGCUGGGAAAAGGAGAGUUCUGGGGAUACAAGUCUCAGAAUUCAUUCCUUCUCUCUGCUUCCACAUAGGACCACAUUGGUUUUAAAGUUAAUUAAACGUCAAGGCUGAGGGCCCCAAUAGCCAAACCUCAGUUCCUCCUCAGCUCAUAGCUGAUACGGGGAAUCAACUCAGGUGUCUAAUCUAAGGGGAUUGUGGAUUUGGGGGUAGAGACAGUGAUCCUGUGUUCUCCCCCAUCAUAUCCCCUGCUACCUCUUGCUCUCUUGUCUGGUUGAUCAUUCAGGAUAUAUCUGGGGUUGGAGUUGGUGGGCUAGGUCAAGGCAAGGCCAGUAAAAAAGAAAAAAGAAUCUAAAGACUAAAAAUGGGUAAAUACUAAAAUAUUGUUUGUGGAUUUUAGAAACUACGCAUUGAUGAGUUAAAUGUUGAUUUUCUAGCACAAGUUUGGAUUAUUAAAGAGAUGGUUUAUGAAUCUUUA